UGACACGCCCGAAAAUAUGGUGGACAAUAUGUGCUUUAAAAACAGCUAACAAAGGAACCUGAAACAGCUGGGCGCCGUUCCUAAACCGUUGUCGAAUUCCACGUCAUUUUAAAACGUCAAUGAACUGACGAGAACACCUGGGCGUUAUUAUACUGAGCCAUUAUGGAGUUCCACGGCUCAUCACACAGAAAAUGUGUUUAGCUGGUAUUCAAAAAUUUAAAAACGAAAAGAGCAGAUAAAGGAUUGCACCCGUGACAGAGACAUCUCUUCGGACGUGCCUUAACAUCAAGCAGAGGUUAAUCGGCAGCUCGUCGAAGAAAAACUUUACUUACGCCAUAUUGAAUCCAAACAUAACUUUGAGUUCGUCUACAAAUAUUGCAAAACAAAAAAUGUCACAGAACGCCAUUGAAUUAAAAGAUAUCGCAGUCGAAACGAAGCAAAAUGGUAAUGGAUUGUCGAAGCUGCGCUGUGCCAAGUUCCUGUUGAUGUGUUUGCUCAUCGACGUGAUAGUCGCAAUCGUAUUAUUCGGAAGUGACGUCACGAAAUUUACAGAACUUUUACCGAAUUUCCCUUUGUUCGAUCUAUUCGUCUCAGUGCGGGAGAAAAAAACGAUUUUAGUAUGGAACAGUGCGCAUAGAAUUGAGACUUCCGGCUUCGGGUUUGGUUACAAACCAUUCGUCCAGCAUAGAUGUGAAGUCUCCGAUUGUAUCUUGUUUGAUAACGCCACAUUGUCCGUGUGGCAGCCUCUCGAAAGCUACGACGCCAUUAUUGUGAACAUGCACGAAUUGUGGGAGUCGCCUACUACUAUGCCUAUCGACGUCUAUGUCCUGGGUAAUAUUUUCAAUUGGACUAUGACUUAUAGACUUAAUUCGGACGUAAAAUUGCUCUACGGACGCAUUGAAGCUGGCCCGACGGCUCCCAAGACAAGUGAGGAAACAUUAAAGAUGAUUGAGCGAACGCGUCUUCCUUCGUCCAAAAACUACGCCACCACUAAAACCAAUUUAGUGGCUUGGAUGGCAUCGCAUUGCGAAACAAACGGUCUGAGAGAGACCUACGUCCAACAGCUGCAGAAGUUUAUUCCAGUCGACAUCUAUGGCGAAUGCGGCAAUUUAACUUGCCCACGAAACGAUCACUGGAUAUCUUAUCCGGAGUGCUACACCAUGCUCGAAGAGAAAUACAAAUUUUAUUUGUCAUUUGAAAACUCUAUAUGCACUGAUUACGCCACUGAAAAAUUUUUCGAGGUUAUAAACCGUAAUAUUGUACCGAUUGUAUACGGAGGAGCCAAUUACAGUCAAAUCGCACCUCAUCAUUCCGUCAUCAACGCUCUCGAUUUCACACCGGAGAAACUGGCUGAGUUCUUGAAAAUGGUUGAUGCUAAUGACACCAUUUACAACGAAUACUUUUGGUGGAAAGGUCAUUAUCAAGUGGAAGCUGGCAUUGACCAAAUGACUGGCCAUGCGUUCUGCGACUUGUGCAAGAAACUUCACGAGGAGCAUAACGUAACGAAGUACUAUCCAGAAGUCGAAACAGAGUGGCACGCCGACAAGCAUUGCAAGCAAGUUAUUUCAUGGGAGACGAAUCAAUCAUCAACAACUUCAAAUUGAAUAACAAUGAAACAAAAUAAUGAAAAAAUAAACUAAAGAAAAUAUGA